AUGGCGCCCCACAAGAGUGACGACGUGGAUGCCGAGGCCGAGCUUGCCUCUCAACUUGCGGCCGAUGUCGCUGCUGCCGAGUCCUCGGCCGCUACCAAGGCCAAAGCAUCUUCUGCCUCGUCAUCCAGCACACCGGCUGCCGAAAGACAGCCUUUCUCCAUUCUCGACCUCUCGGAACCAACACGCAAAGCCAUUGACGCUAUGGGGUUCAAGACUAUGACCGAGGUCCAGGCGCGUUGCAUUCCGCCGCUCAUGGCUGGAAAGGAUGUGCUGGGCGCUGCUCAAACCGGUUCUGGAAAGACAUUGUCGUUUCUGAUCCCCGCUAUUGAAAUGCUUCACAGACUCAAGUUCAAGCCAAGAAAUGGGACAGGGGCUAUCAUCAUUUCUCCUACCCGUGAACUCGCGCUUCAGAUUUUCGGUGUGGCAAAGGAGCUUAUGGCACACCACCAUCAGACCUUCGGUAUCAUCAUGGGAGGUGCCAACCGACGUGCAGAGGCGGACAAGCUGCAAAAAGGUGUUAAUCUUAUCGUCGCCACUCCUGGUCGUUUGCUCGAUCAUCUGCAAAACACCAAAGGCUUCGUCUUUUCCAACCUCAAAGCUCUAUGUAUCGACGAGGCCGACCGUAUCCUCGAGAUCGGUUUCGAAGAUGAGAUGCGACAGAUUGUCAAAAUCCUACCCAACGACAAUCGACAGAGUAUGCUGUUCUCGGCUACACAAACGACCAAAGUGCAAGAUCUGGCACGUAUCUCGCUCCGACCGGGCCCUCUCUACAUCAAUGUACACGCUGAUCUUGCCGCCAGCACAGUGUCGCGUCUCGAGCAGGGCUACGUCGUAUGCGAGUCCGAUCGCCGCUUCCUUCUGCUGUUUACAUUUCUGAAGAAGAACGCUGGAAAGAAGAUCAUCGUUUUUAUGAGCUCAUGCAACUCGGUCAAGUACCACUCGGAUCUGCUCAACUUUAUCGACGUUCCUGUACUCGACCUGCACGGAAAGCAAAAGCAACAGAAACGCACCAACACCUUUUUCGAAUACUGCAAUGCGCCUUGCGGCACUUUGCUUUGCACCGACGUGGCUGCACGAGGUCUUGAUAUCCCCAGCGUAGAUUGGAUCAUCCAGUUUGACCCACCCGAUGAUCCGCGCGACUACAUUCACCGUGUGGGUCGUACCGCGCGUGCGGGUAAUAGUGGAAAGUCAUUGCUCUUCCUCUUGCCCACAGAGCUCGGUUUCUUGCGCUUCCUCAAAGUGGCAAAGGUGCCGCUGAAUGAGUACACUUUCCCUUCGGACAAGGUGGCAAACGUCCAAGGUCAGCUCGAGAAGCUCAUCAGCAAGAACUACUACCUGCACCAAUCUGCACGUGAUGGGUACCGAUCGUAUCUGCAAGCGUACGGCUCGUACUCCCUCAAGCGCAUCUUUGACAUUCACAAGCUCGAUCUUGCCAAGGUGGCCAAAGCGUACGGAUUUUCUGUGCCGCCCAAAGUCAAUAUCACGAUUGGAACUGGACUGAAAACGUCAGCUUCGAGCAGCAGUGGUAGUGGUGGAAAGAGGAAAGAGGUGGAUGUAGACGGAGAGGGCGAAGACGCAGAUGGCGAGAUCAACCCAAAGAGACAGCAGAGCGACAGAAGGGCGUACUACCGUAAAAAUCACCAGAAUGGUGGCAGCAAGGAUCACUUUCGUAAGUCUGGAGCGAAUGCGACAGGCAACAAGGGUGGCAAGCAGUGGUCUCGUUGA